AUGAAGACCAAGUUCUGCAACGGGGGCGAGGCGGAGCCCUCGCCUCUCGGGCUGCUGCUGAGCUGUGGCAGCGGCAGCGCGGCCCCGGCGCCCGGCGUGGGGCAGCAGCGCGACGCCGCCAGUGACCGCGAGCCCAAGCAGCUGGGCGGGCGGCAGCCGCCGCUCGCGCUGCCCCCGCCGCCGCCGCCGCCGCUGCCGCUGCCCCCGCCGCCGCCGCCGCCGCCACCGGCGGACGACCAGCCCGAGCCCCGGACGCGGCGCAGGGCCUAUCUGUGGUGCAAGGAGUUCCUGCCCGGCGCCUGGCGGGGCCUUCGCGAGGACCAGUUCCACAUCAGUGUCAUCAGAGGUGGCCUCAGCAACAUGUUGUUCCAGUGCUCCUUGCCCGACUCCCUGGCCUCUGUCGGAGACGAGCCUCGGAAGGUGCUCCUGCGGCUGUACGGGGCGAUCCUGAAGAUGCGGUCCUGUAAUAAGGAGGGAUCCGAACAAGCUCAGAAAGACAGUGAAUUUCAAGGUGCCGAGGCCAUGGUCCUGGAGAGCGUCAUGUUUGCCAUUCUCGCCGAGAGGUCGCUGGGGCCGAAGCUCUUCGGCAUUUUCCCCCAAGGCCGCCUGGAGCAGUUCAUCCCGAGCCGGCGAUUAGACACUGAAGAAUUAAGUUUGCCAGAUAUUUCUGCAGAAAUAGCUGAGAAAAUGGCCAGAUUUCAUGGUAUGAACAUGCCAUUCAAUAAGGAACCAAAAUGGCUCUUUGGAACAAUGGAAAAAUACCUGAAUCAAGUGCUGAGAAUUAGAUUUACGGGGGAGUCCAAAGUGAAGCAGCUGCACAGGUUCCUCAGCUACAACCUGCCUCUGGAGCUGGAAAACCUGAGGUCAUUGCUUGAAUCCACUCCAUCUCCCGUCGUGUUCUGUCACAACGACUGUCAGGAAGGUAACAUCUUACUGCUGGAUGGCAGGGAGAAUUCUGAAAAACAGAAACUCAUGCUCAUCGAUUUUGAAUACAGCAGUUACAACUAUAGGGGAUUCGACGUUGGGAAUCAUUUCUGUGAAUGGAUGUAUGAUUAUAAUUAUGAAAAGUAUCCUUUUUUCAGAGCAAACAUCCUGAAGUACCCUACCAGGAAGCAACAGCUCCAUUUUAUUUCCAAUUACUUGGCUGCAUUCCAAAAUGAAUUUGAAAACCUCAGCAAUGAAGAAAAGUCUGUUAUAGAAGAAGAAAUGCUGCUUGAAGUCAAUAGGUUUGCCCUCGCGUCCCAUUUCUUCUGGGGACUCUGGUCCAUCGUUCAGGCCAAGAUUUCCUCCAUUGAAUUUGGGUACAUGGAGUACGCCCAGGCCAGGUUCGAUGCCUACUUUGACCAGAAGAGGAAGCUCGGGGUGUGA